CAAAAAACAUUAUGGGUUGAAUCGUAAAAUCGGAGUAGUAGCAGCAAGCAACUCUUCUAUCUAUGCACUGACCAGGCAGAGAGGAGAAAGAAAGAGAAAGAGAAGAAAAAAUGGCUUUCUUACUGAAGAAUUGCUCCUCCUCCAUUUCUUCACACCUCCGAUCUAAAUCUCAGAAGACACAGGACGCCCUCUCUAUUUCGCGUCGCGGAUUCCAUGUUGAACCUGGUCCUCGCGAGAAAGCUCUCUUGGCUGAAGACCCUGCUCUUAAGUGGUUCAAAUCACAUAAGAAGAGUGUGUGGAGACUCAAAAGAGCUGGAGAUGUUCUGACUCUUGUUGUUGUAGCAGGAUGUUGCUAUGAAAUUUAUGUCAAAGCAGUGAUGCGGGAAGAAGCUCGGAAAGAGGCAAAGAAAAGUGCAUAAUUGGGUGUACAGUGUCUGAGAUUUCUGUUUCUGUCAAGCACAUCAGAUCCAUUUGCAAAAUUUUCAGUGUCCAAUAAGUAGUAACUGCCAUUUGUGAUCAAAUGCUUGCCCUCAAAAGCUUCGUUUUUUUGGGUUCUGUGCUAUAAAGUUUGUCAUUUUUUCAUACCAUGCCUAUGGAAAAAUCACCCUAGUGGUGCCUGUUUUUGGAUCCCUUGGACAUUUGAAUGUACAUCUGUUUUCUUCCA